AUGAUUGAAACUCAAAUGCGUAUUUCACUAGCAGAAUGUUUGAAAGAUGCUGUAAAUGAAUUGAAUACUUUCUAUUUAGCUGAAGAAUUAGUUACAAAGACACUUUUGGAAUGGAUUGAAAAGUAUCCAGCACAAUUAGUUGUCGUUGCUGUGCAAAUUAUUUGGACUCAAUCAGUUGAAAAAUCUCUUGAGCAAUCUGGCAAAGAUGAUGAACCAUUAAGCGGAUCUCUUAAAUAUGUGUUGCGUGCAUUGGAUGUUUUAGCAGAUACUGUACUUCAAGACUUGGUCUCAACACAACGUAAAAAAUGUGAACAUUUAAUCACUGAGCUUGUGCAUCAACGUGAUACUAUCCGUCAAUUGCAACGUGAUAAAAUUUCUUCUCCCAAGGACUUUGCAUGGCUAUAUCACAUGAGAUUCUAUUUCAAUUCUAAUGCUGAAGAUCCACUAUCACGUUUAACCAUUAAUAUGGCAAAUGCUCAGUUUUAUUAUGGCUACGAAUACCUUGGUGUACCCGAUCGUUUGGUGCAAACACCGCUUACUGAUAGAUGUUAUUGUACUCUUACUCAAGCACUCGAAGCCAGACUGGGUGGUUCUCCAUUUGGAACCGGUAAAACUGAAUCUGUAAAGGCCCUCGGUGUUCAGUUGGGAAGAUUUGUACUUGUAUUCUGUUGUGAUGAAAAUUUCGAUUUCCAAGCUAUGGGUCGUAUCUUUGUCGGGCUUUGUCAAGUCGGUGCUUGGGGAUGCUUUGACGAAUUUAAUCGUCUUGAAGAAAGAAUUUUAUCAGCUGUUUCUCAACAAGUGCAAACCAUUCAACUUGGUCUUAAGGCUGUUAUAGAUGAUCCAAAUGCUGAAGUUGAAAUUGUUGGCAAAAGUCUGAGAGUUAAUGCCAAUACCGGUAUUUUUAUUACUAUGAAUCCUGGCUAUGCUGGUCGUUCCAAUCUACCUGACAACUUGAAGAAACUCUUCCGUAGCAUGGCUAUGACAAAACCAGAUCGUGAAUUAAUCGCACAAGUAAUGUUGUUUUCUCAAGGUUUCCGAACUGCAGAAACUCUCGCUUCAAAGGUUGUCCCGUUAUUCAACCUUUGUGCUGAACAACUUUCUCCACAAGCACAUUACGAUUUUGGUCUUCGAGCUCUUAAGAGUGUGCUUGUUAGUGCCGGUAAUCUGAAACGUGAACGCCUUCAAGUACUUAGAGAAAGCAAUGCAGACAAAUCAGAAUAUACCAGAAUUUCAGAACCUACACCUGAGCAAGAAAUUUUGAUUCAAAGUAUUCGCGAAACUAUCGUUCCAAAAUUAGUAUCUGAUGAUAUUCCUCUUUUAACUAGUUUACUUGCUGACGUUUUCCCUGGCGUUGAGUAUGCACCGGUAGACCUUGAUAAACUUAAAGCAGAAAUUAAAAAUGUUUGUAAUGAGAAAUGCCUUCUUGAUGGUGAAAUGUGGCUAGAAAAAGUUCUUCAACUUUAUCAAAUUCAAAAUAUUCAUCAUGGUCUUAUGAUGGUCGGACCAUCUGGCUCUGGUAAAUCAAUGGCAUGGAAAGUAUUGCUUCAAGCUUUGGAGCGAGUUGAAGGACGUGAAGGUGUUUCAUACGUUAUUGAUCCUAAAGCUGUGUCCAAAGAUGCUCUCUAUGGUAAUUUGGACCAAACAACUCGUGAAUGGACGGAUGGUUUAUUCACCCAUAUUUUACGUAAAAUCAUUGACAACGUUCGUGGUGAAAAACUUAAAAGACAUUGGAUUAUAUUUGAUGGUGACGUGGAUCCGGAAUGGGUUGAAAAUUU